AUGUAUCUUCACCCCUCUCAUGAUAGAGUGUUCGUAGGGGGCACCAUCAAUGAUUUUGCUACUGUUAAAUUCUAUGGGCUAACUGAUUUUGCUGAAGGAUACUGGGUUGGUUUAGAAUUAGAUAAUAAAAUUGGGAAGAAUGAUGGAAGUGUCAACGGAGUUCGAUAUUUCAAUAUGGCCGAUAGAGAAGAUUUUUUGAACCAUGGCUUAUUUACUAGGGUAGAACAGAUCAGAUCGAUCACUGAGGCCGAAAGCCAACUGUUAUCCAAAUUAAAUCAAACAACUAAUCAAUUGGCUGUAUUAAUUAACCAGCAGAAAAAAAUUAAACAAUCCUAUGAGUCACAAAUCGAAGAUUUAGUUUCAACAAUCAAUAAUUUAAGUUUACAUGAAACUGAUUUUCUCUCAAAAGAAAAUGAAUUAAUGGAUAAAUUGGAGAAAUUAAAGGAAGAGAAUCUUAAUUUAAGACAAGAGUUAUUAGUUUGGAAAACUUUAGAGGAUGAUUCUAACGGUCCCAUAAAUUUGAAUGACAUUGAUGUGAAGAAAUUAUUCACUCAAAAUAAACAGUUUCAAAGAAUAAUUGAAAAUUUGAAAGAUUCAUCCAAUGAUGUAAUUAGACAAUAUGAGAAAUCACUUGAGGAUAAUACUAAUCUAGUGAAACAGAAUAUAGAAUUGAAUAAUAAAGUUUCAGAAUUGAGUCUUGAAAAUAAACAUAGUACAGUAUUAAUAACAGAAUUAAAAGAACGGUUAGACUCAAUAGAUCAAUCUGAUAAUAUUAUACAGUAUUUAACAGAGACAAACAAUGAUUUAACUGUUAACAUUAAUGAAUUAAAUGGUAAACUAAGUGAAAAGGAUGCAAUUAUUGAGGAAUUAAAAUCCGCACAUUCAAAUCAAGACAAAAUUCAAUCUGAAAUGGAUGCACUGAAGCAUGAAUUGAACCUUACCAUCAGUAUCUUGGAAUCAGAAUAUGAAAAGGCAAUUAUAGUUACUGAUGAACUUAAUAAUUCAAAGAAUAAAAUUGCUGAUUUGAAAAACCAAAACAUUGUUUUAAAAAGGGAAAUUGAAAGAAUGAAUUUAUAUAAAAAAAUUGGUAAAUUUAUCUUAAAUAAGUCUGAUAAUAUAUCGCUAGAUUUAUUUUUAAUUCAAUUCCAAAUAUUUCAAAUUAUCUUAAGCUGGAGAAAUUUUAACAAGGAAGAAGAAAUUAAUUUUCAGUUGAAUCUUUAUUUGCAAAUAACAUCAAGUAUUGCAACUUAUUUAAAAAGAACAGACAACAUUAAUCUAGUUUAUGAAAUGAAUAUGAAUAAUAUUUUGCAGGAUCUUGUUAACUUAUUUAAGGAUUGGAAUAAUUGUUUGUUGAAUGGAAAUAACGUAGUUCAUUUAAAUGAUUCACAUCUUAACAUUAUUUUUGAUACGAUGACGAGACUUUUAUCUUCUGAUGCUGCAGAGAACUACAACUCUAAUAACAAACUUGAAUUUUCUGUUAUUGCAAUUGAUGAUAUUUUCAAGAAUAUAAUUCCCAAAGUACUAACAAAUUUAUCGAAAACUGUCGAUAAAAAGAUUAUGCAUCACGUAUAUGAUAAAAUUUCCAAUAUAAAUAAGAAAUUGGAAAGUUUAUUAGGAAUCUUUAGGAAUCAAUCUAAAAUUUUUUCUGAUGAUUUUGAAAUAAAUAUAUUUAAGUCUAUAAUAGAAGAAUUUUUUCAAAUCUUAAUAAGUAUUCCAAAGGAUGAUGGUAAGGAGUUCAUUAAUAUAAUAAAUAAAUUUAAUAAUUAUUUACUUGAAAUAGAAAUAAUGAUUAACCAAAACACUAAUAUGGUCACCAACAUUACAGACUAUGAAUUAUCAACAAUGACUAUUCCAAAAAUCAAAAAGAUAUCAGAUAGUGAUAGCUGUACUGUAUAUCAUGAUGAUAUUAUGCAAGAAGCUGUGAAAGAACGAGCAGAACAAGAACAAUUAGUUAAUGAAUUACAGUUAAAAAUCAAUGUUUUAACAGAAAAAGCUAAUGAAUCCAAAAUUAGAGACAAAAUAAACAUUGAGUUAAAAGAUGAGAUAAAAGAUUUAACUGCAAAAUUAGAUGAAGAGAACUCAAAAGUACGGAAUUAUACUAAUGAGAUAAAUGAACUGAAAAAGGAUUUAAAAGAAUUGAAAUUUGAUAAUAUACAAAUAAUUAAGGAUAGAAAAUUGAUCAAUAACUUUUUAACUAUUGAUGAGCUUAAUAAAAUGGAUCUAUUAACAGAGAUACAUUAUUUAAAGGACAAUGUAUUGAAUAAGAUGCAAACCGAUAAUUUUAAAAAAAAGUCGGUAAAUAAACCGCUAGAAUGGUUACGUAAGGAUGAACUAUUAUAUGAGAAGAAACAAACAUUGGACCAUAGUUCUCUAUUGCACACUGAUCAAUUGGAUAUAAAUAUGGACCGAUUAUUGAAAAAUCUUUCUAAAUUGGUGGACGAGGUAAUACUACAUGAUCUUCCAAUCAACAAAGAUAAAGACAAUAAAGUUUUCAAUAAAAUCCAAAGAUAUGACAACAUUGUGAAGAAUAGUAUAAAAGAAUUCUAA